AAAUAUUAUUCCAAAUUCUACGUGUCAUUGAUGAGUUCAUCUUCACUCUUCAUUUCUAUCUUUGAUCUUUGAGGUUUUUCCUUAGUUCUUCAACUUACAUCAAAGCAAUAACACAUCAACAAUGACGGAGCAAAUGAACGGUGCGUCCGUAGACGAAAAUAACUGCACCCAAAGUGAGGAAAUGCUGCUCCAUGAAGCUCUCCGCCGUUUGAUUUCGACGAUCAUCUACCCCGAUGGAUCUUCAUCGUCACCAGCUCCGCUUCUGCAGCGGAUCAAGAUCUCUGUUUCCGAGAAUGGGCCUCGCCUUGUGGAAGCCUCUAGAAACACUAGCCGUACUGUUAUACGGUGGACUCGUAGUGGCAGCCCCCUUCGUGCUCUUCUUGUCAUCUCUGUUGGGUCCAUUGCUUUUCUUACCUUGACAGGAUUGCUUGUAUUUAUGCUUUUCUUUCUAGCUGCAACUGUCAAUGCCGUCAUCAUCUCUUCCCUCAUUGCUUUGGCUGCUGCAGGAGGCUUCUUGGCUCUUUUCUUUGCCUGUGUAACAGUUUUUUACAUUGGGGCCAUAUCGGUUGCUGCUUUUGUUAUUUCAACUGCAAUAAUUUCAGCAAUUAUAGCUGCUCUUGUAGCUACAGGUUGGGUUGGAUUCUUUUGGGUUUUAUGGUUGGGUACUAAGAGAAGUAUGGACCUUGCAAAGCACUCCCUCAGCAUUACUGGAUCUGCUUUCUCAGCUUAUUCUUCUGCUCAGCAUGCUCAUCGCCACCAGGAACUGCACAAAGUUUCAGACUGAAACACUUACUUGCUCAUCAUGUAUAUAUUGUCAGAUGCAGUUGAUUAAUCAUAGAUAAAAAGCAUGUCAAUGUGUUUGACAAUUUAGUCGGCUAGGCCGACUUGCAGUAUAUAGGAUGCUUGGUUUUCUUGUUUAUGUUCACUUCUAUUUUAGUUAGCCUGUCUCGGGGUAAACAGAACCUUGGUAUCGGAAGUGUCUGUCGGUGUUUGGAGUUCAUUCGUUUUAUGGAUGAAUGGUGUUGUAUUUCUGUUCCUCUAGAACUUAAGAUAGAUGGUUGAGUUUUAUGUAUAAAGACCAUAAAAAUAGUUGUGCAAUAACUUGUUUGAAAAUAAGGUUGUCUCCUUUUUUAUUUGUA